CACACACCAUCCAAAUGCAAGUUUGCCCCCAAACAAGCCAUAGGCACACCAGUAAUCUUACUUUCUGUGGCCUAUAGCAUUCAUUGUUAAUAAACGCUAUCAUUUUGUACAUUGUAGAUUUACUGACAGAGUUAGGAUUUUUUUAUUUUCUAUUAUUUUUUUUUAUUAUUUUGCGUAUUUGCUUGUACAAUACAUAUUUUACAAAAAAAGUGAAUCAUGCGUUACCUAAACCUCUAUUACUAUGAAAAUUCAUAGAUUUAAAUAAAUGGACAAGAAAUUGAUUUGUGAUGUCUGCAAAUGCUGUUUACUAUUUUAUAUGCUUUUUAUGCAAUGCCUAUUUCUGACUGCAGCACGACCGUCACAUGGGCGUGGCCAAACAUUUUGCUUUGCAUAACACGUGAUGGUGCAUUAACAAAUCAACAAUUACCUUGCUAGUAUUCUUUAGGGGUAACUAAAAACGGUUUUAAGAAGCGUUCGGGCAAGCUCGUCAGAAAUGUGCGAGCACAAUCUUCUAAGUUCUGGGUAUGUUGCUCCCCUUUUGAAUUUUCACUCUUCCGACUCCCUGUACCUCCAAAACUUGCGAGGCAAUGGAGUCCAUCUAUCUGGGCUUCCGCAGAUGUCCUAUAGUAGAAGAGAGGUGUGCUCGCUCCCGUGGACUUCUCCAAAUUCGUGCACUACACCGGCCCAGAGCCGCGCCUACAGUGGCUACUCUCAGCCGUUCUUCGGCAAUUCAGCCGCUGUGAGCGCUAGCCUCAACACUCACAAAAAGGGCUCACUGGAGGAAUCCGGGAGGUACUACUUCCAAGAUGUCAGCCACAAAUCAGAGGAGCCUGGACGACCUAAUGCAGCUUACGCUAGUGAACAGAGACUCACUACUGACUCCGCCAGCAAUGAAGUUUCAAACUCGGAAAGGCGACAGCAGAACAGGGUUGCACAGAAUGAACUUCACUUCAUUGAGCAGCCAGUGACUGAUGCUUCAAAGCAGUCUGUCAACUCCAUCGCUCAAUUUCAACCAUCGCUGAACACCCCGACUGUUAGAUCAGCCUUCUCCGAUGGACUGCCGUGGUGUCCCUCACAGGUGAUGACAUCAUUCGUACAGGUGACUUUUAUGACGGAGAUGCAAGUCCACCAAACCCCUCUAUCUGGAAACAUCAUCUCCCGAACACCCAUGAAAUGUAAUUUAAUAUUAAAGCUGAAUAGGCUAUUGAAUAAUUAAAGCUAAUAUAUAUAUAUAUAUAUAUAUAUAUAUAUAUAGUUCAUAUUUAUUAGCCAAGAAGUCGCUGCAUUUGUAUGUGGCUGAUGUAUGUUUUUGGUGGAAAAACGUUAGCUUGCUAUAUAUAGUCUAAAAAGAAUGCUUUGUAGCUUAAAAGCGCAGCAAAAUCUAGAGUAGGAACGUCAUGUGUCUAUUGGGUUCAUAACAUACAUUCUGGCGUCAUUUAAAAGUACAAUGGGCAGCUAACAUAGCUAACUGAAUGGAGUCAAUAAACUGUCAGACAUUCCAACCUUUAUUCAUAUUGUUAAUACAUCAUUUGUAUCUUCCGAUCAAAAAAAAAAAAAAAAUGUAAGUUUUGUUGUAUUUUAACCAAAAGUGUUACGUGUAAUAUUUAUUAAGUGUUCUGUAAAUUCUGCAUUAUAUUAAACUUCUGCUUCUUG